AUGACAGUUAUGAAUCAGUGUUGCCAAUACGAAAAUACUACACGUGAUUAUGUAACAUCCGUUAUGGCGCUGGCAUUGUCACAUCUGUUUCCUUUAGCACUGUGCGUCAGGCGCGGUGUGGUGUGUUCACGGUGUGUUGAGUAGUUUCGAUCGGAUUUAAAACAUAAUAAUGUUCUCGUCCUUGGUAGACCUGGCGCGGAACUCGCCAUUCCGUGGCCCGAUGACACCUGCCCAGUGUCAAGCCACAGACCUCACACCGGCCAUCGAACAGCCCAGCGGUAUGGCGGCCGCUGCCGUGGUGCAGGGCGACUCCUGCGAGUUCGCCUCCCCCAAGUACUUCGCCCUGUGCGGGCUUGGAGGAAUCCUGUCCUGCGGUAUCACCCACACAGCUGUAGUGCCCCUGGAUCUGGUGAAGUGCCGUCUCCAGGUAGACCCUGACAAGUACAAGAACGUGGUCAAUGGCUUCAAGGUCUCCGUGGCUGAGGAGGGCAUGCGAGGACUGGCCAAGGGAUGGGCACCUACCUUCAUCGGAUAUUCACUCCAGGGUCUUUGCAAAUUCGGUCUGUAUGAAGUCUUCAAAGUGACCUACAGUGGUCUUCUGGACGAGGAGACGGCGUACACCUACCGUACGGGAGUGUACCUCGCCGCUUCAGCCACAGCCGAAUUCUUCGCAGAUAUCGCUCUAUCACCCUUGGAAGCCGCUAAGGUGAGGAUCCAGACCAUGCCUGGUUUUGCCAGCACCCUCCGUGAGGCUUGGCCCAAGAUGGUCCAGAAUGAGGGGUACGGUACCUUCUACAAGGGGCUGGCCCCCCUGUGGGGUAGGCAGAUCCCCUACACCAUGAUGAAGUUCGCCUGCUUCGAGAAGACCCUGGAAUUGUUGUACAAGUACGUGGUGCCCAAGCCCCGCGAGCAGUGCACGAAGGGCGAGCAGUUGGUUGUUACAUUCGCGGCCGGUUACAUCGCCGGUGUGUUCUGCGCCAUCGUCUCCCACCCUGCUGACACCGUCGUAUCUAAACUGAACCAGGACAAGACUGCCACGGUCGGUGGCAUCAUGGGCAAGCUCGGCUGGGCCGGAGUAUGGAAGGGUCUCGGCCCCAGGAUUGUGAUGAUUGGUACCCUCACCGCCCUGCAAUGGUUCAUCUACGAUGCUGUCAAGGUAUGGCUCCGUAUGCCUCGCCCCCCACCAGCUGAGAUGCCCGAGUCCAUGCGCAAACGACUUGAGGCUGAGGAAGCGGGGAAAUCCAAGUGAAGCAACUAGUAUAUAAGUAGUAUAUGUACAUAGCGCGCCUUACUCACAUGUAGACAGCGAUUUUAGACCUUAUUGUAAUGAGAAUAGGUAACAAUUUGUUUUGGUAAACAGCUGGGAAUGGUAAGGAAAGGAAUAUUCGUUAGAAUGGGAAGGAAUAUUCGUUAGGAUGGGAAGAAAUAUUCGUUAGGAACGUCGAGAAAUAUGCUUUUUUGAUGUUUCAGCAGGUUGUAUAGAACAGUUAUGGCCGUUUUAAUCAACUUACUCCUAAACUACCUCUUAACUAAGUUACUUAGUGUGAGGGGGCACUUAAACUGAUCCCUUACUUGUUUAGGUGACACUUAUCGAUCGGUGUAAACUAAAAUGUCGGUAAAUGUCACUUAAUUUGGUCUAGGGGUUCGUUUAAAAUGUAGGAUAGGUUGAUGUAAACGAUUAUAAAUGUUCUAAUGCUUCGGGUAUGUGACACCCCACGUGAGGAGCUAGGCAAUUUUCUUAAAGCUGUCUUUUAAACUGAUAUUAAAUCGAUAUUAUGGUCGGCGCGCGAUGUUAGUUCCAAAAACACCGCCACAGCAGUAUGUUGUUUUAUUUUUAUUUAAAGAAAAAACAAAUAAAAUAAAAUAAUUAAUGUAGUGACAUAAUGUUAACCAACUUACAUACAGUAUAAUAUAUAAGUGAAAUAAAUGAUCAUGUUAAAUUAUUUUUUUUUUUGGAAAAUAAAAUAUUUUUAUUUUAAACCUUA